UACUUCAGUGCUACCAAAUAUGCGCCUAUUUUCACGCAUGCACGCUUCGCUAUAGUUGCAAAGAUAGCACACUAUUGAAUUUAAACAGCCAUAUAUCUCACAGUACCUUAAGAAAUGCAUCAAAUAUUUCGUCGUUACAAGAACUUUUUAUGCUGUAUAACGAGAAAUUUAUGCAUUGUAUCAAUAUAGCUAUGUUUUCUGACGUUGAUAUUUGAAGAGUUAUUCAUGUACAAUUUAUUAAAAUUGUUGGACUUCAUAUUUAACGCACUCUCCUAUUAGAAUAAAUUUUGCAUGCAUUAUAAAAUCAUGGACACAUUUUCUACACAAAGGUAUGAAACAAAGAUUGAAAGUUUUGACACAUGUAUGAUCGAUGCUGCAAAUCAACAGCGAGAAAUAUCUGAAACAGUCAGUGGACAGACAUCUCAAACAGCCAUAGAGAAUCAAGAAAAUCAUGAAAAUCAGCAGCAACAUGAAUCAGAGCAACAUGAAUCAGAGCAACAUGAACAAGAUCAACCUAAUCAAAUUUCACAGAUACAAUCUAAUACACAACAAAACAUGACUCUGACUCCAAUUCGAUUACCAGCUAUACUUGAUGGAGAAUUCUUUACAGUAAUUAGAGUAGAAGAUAGUAAUGUAACAGUACGGUGUUUACAAUGUCAAAAACAUUUAAAUGGAAAUUUAAAAUCCACUGGAAACUUUUUAAGUCAUAUCAAAAGAGUACAUCCUUUUAUGGUAGACAAAAUUAAAUGUAAAGCUAAUCAAAGAAAACCUGCAAUGAUAUAUAUUGAUUUAUCAGCAGAUAAAUGUCCAGAAAUAGUAAGAACAAAAAGAGGAUAUAGGAAAUGUUACAAAACAGAUGAAUGGCAAGCAGGAAAUGAAGAAGCUGAUGACCAAUCUAAUGAAUGGUCAGAAAAUCCAUUAAUUCGUAGACGUAAGUUAGAUGAAGCUGAAUGUUCUGAUCUUUUGAAAAUAUCACACAAUAAUUCAUUUGUAAUGGAAGAUGAAUUUGAUGCAAUUGGACGAAAUGUUGCAGCAAAACUCCGAAAUAUGAGAUUAGACCAAAGAAUUAUAGCUGAAAAAUUAUUAAAUGAUAUUUUGUUUGAAGCACAGUUAGGAAAUCUUCAUAGAGAUUCUAAUAUACAUGUAUGAAAAAAACAUAAUAGAUAAAUUAAGGAAUGUGUGUAAGUAGAUGACAUAGUUAUAAGUGAAUGAAUGUACUAUUUUAAUAAUAAUCUCAAAGUGAUUUUCUACCAAGAUUUAGCAAUCAGAUAUAAAAUAAUCUGAUCUAUUUUACAGACAUAUUUUUUAUUUUUUAGUGACGAAUAUUGCGGAAAUAAAGUGAUUCUAAUAAAGUGAUAGGUGUUUAAAUUUUAAUAUCCAAAGUCUUUAAAGAUGA